GCGAAAUUCUUGCGUUGUUUUGUAGAAGAGGCUUAAUAGCAGGCAAAGAGAAAAACAGUAGAAGAAGAAGAAGAAGAAGAAGAUGUUGAGGGUUGCAGCUAAGAGGCUUCAUUCUCUCUCCUCCACUCCAUUCAGGGUCAACCACGCCGCCUCCGCUAUCCUCUCUCGGAGCCCCGUCGCACCGUCAUCUUCUUCCGAGGAACGUGGAUCCGACCCGUUUUCGCUCCGUCCUGAAUUCUUUCUUCCCUUCAGAGGUUUUGCUACUGAAACACUGUUCCACACAAAAGAGAACAGCCUUAUUCCUGAAAUAUCAGCAACUGUUGCAGCUGUUAAGAACCCUUCUUCUAAGAUUGUAUAUGAUGAACACAACCAUGAACGAUUUCCUCCUGGUGACCCAAGCAAGAAGGCAUUUGUCUACUUUGCCCUAACAGGUGGUAGGUUUGUUUAUGCCUCUCUAGUCCGUCUCCUUAUCCUCAAGUUUGUGCUCAGCAUGUCAGCAAGUAAGGAUGUUCUUGCUCUGGCUUCACUUGAAGUUGAUCUCUCCAGCAUUGAGCCAGGCACUACUGUGACUGUUAAGUGGCGUGGAAAGCCAGUAUUCAUCAGGCGCAGAACAGAUGAUGAUAUUCAGCUGGCAAACAGUGUUGAUGUUGGAUCCCUUCGUGAUCCCCAGCAGGAUUCAGAGAGAGUCAAGAACCCAGAAUGGCUCAUUGUGAUUGGGGUUUGCACCCAUUUGGGUUGCAUUCCCUUGCCGAACGCUGGUGACUACGGUGGAUGGUUUUGCCCAUGCCAUGGUUCCCAUUAUGAUAUUUCUGGCAGAAUUAGGAAGGGACCAGCACCAUACAAUCUGGAGGUACCAACUUACACCUUCUUGGAAGAAAACAAGUUGAUGAUUGGUUGAAAACCUCGGGUUGCGCCCUAGCGGAAUGAGCCUACAAUUUUUUUGAUUUAUUGGAUAAUGUUGAAAUGCGUAAUGGACAUUUUUGGCCAUAGAGUCCUUAUUUGUUAUCUUUGACAAGUGUUUAUGUCAUUCGGAAAUUCAAGUCACUGUUGACGAGACUUUUAUCAAUAAUCGCCCGGCUUUUUGGUAGUCAUAUGAAUGUUAAAAAUCUGAUGAUUCAAGGCUUAU